AUAUAAGACUCAGCAGCCGACACUGUAUGGUGCUCCCAAGGUCCUUCAAAAUAGCUGAUGACUUGUCCGAGUUAAUCUAAAACCAUGCAGCGUUGCUUGUUUUCCCGCACUUGCAUCCUUUGCUCAAGGACACCUUCCUUGGUGUCUAGAAGGGACUACCAGGUUAAGAACGCCACACAUUCAUUUCUCGGCAUGAUGCCCAGAGUCACUACCCACAAGGAGUUUUACGCCCUGUACCACUAAGGUCGCACAUUUAUCGAAGUAGGUUUAGCACAAGCUCUAGGCAAGACAGCAAUGAUAAGAACGGCAAGAUGGACUUCUCCAAGGAUCCAGAAGUGAAGAAAUGGCUCAGUGAGUUGCAGAGUGACUUUGCAGAAGAACUGGGAAAAUCCACGGGGGAGUGUAACGACGGGAAAGAGGAGAGCAAGGAAAGCAAUGAGAAUGGCGGAAAUCAUCUUCCAAAAUCAUCGGACAUGGACAAACAGGCUGCGAACUCAAACACAGGACCGGAAUCGGCAGCCAUAAAUCCCUGGACCAAGUUCACCACACAGAAGUAUGAAAAGUUCAGCAUGGACAAAACACAGAUAAUUUAUGACUACGAUGAAGAGCAGAGACGGCUAGCAGAAGGGAUAGAGGAAGAAGAAACAGAAGUGGAGGAGCUAGUGCUGGAGAGAGGUAGAACGGGUGUGUUUGAUGUUGAAGAAUUAGUGGAAUUUUUAAGAGAGGAGAAUGCCAGGGAUAUUGUUGUCAUCCAGGUGCCUCCAGAAAUUAAGUACGUGAGUUACAUGGUUGUGGUCACUAGCCUGUCCCAGCGGCACAUCAAUGCCCUCGCGGAAACAAUCCGCCGCAUUUACAAGAAGAAGAAGAACAGAAAAGACCCAUCGCUCAUAUGCGAAGGGAAGUCAACGAAUUGGGUGGCACUGGAUAUGGGUAACAUCGCACUGCACAUCAUGAAACCAGACAUCAGAGAAGAAUAUGACUUAGAGACUCUGUGGACAGUUGGCGCACAGUUUGACGACAAAUGCCAGGAGGUUGAUGAAAAUCCGAUGGACCUGUUCAAUGCAAUGGGACAUUUUACAAACACGGCUGAUUCAUCAGAAAAGUUUAUUAGGCCUUGAUAUUGUUGUGUGAACUGAGGAAGACGAGUUGUUCUUUGGGGAAAUAAAUAAAACGGUUUUGCUAUGUCUGCAGUGUAUUAUAUGGUACUGAUAUGAUCAAGCUGGAACUCUUAUUGUUUUUAUUAUUUCUUACAUGUUGUGAGAAAUAGUAUGGGCUGUAAAAUGCCAUGCAAGAGAAACAAGUUUAAAAGAAAUUUCAAGAAAUUAUAUUUUUGUAGUUUCCAUAACGUUGAGUUACAUGUUCCUACUUCUGUGUGAGCUUUCUUUAAUGGAUGUUGUAACGACUCAUUGUGGGCUUAGCUUGGGGACGGAUGAUUGAUUUAUAUCAUUAUGUAUUUGGAAAAGUAUUUUGAUUAAAAGUAUACGAAAAUAUGAA